UUGGGCUGAGUCACCUGGAUAAGGGUGUCUCUAUGUGUGUAUGUAUAGAGAGCUCUGAGAUUACAUCAACGCUCAGAACUAUGGCUUCCUCAGCCACUUCAAUGGCCACCCUAGCCUCAGAGAUCUGCUGCCAGAUCAGCUCAAUCUUCUCCAAAACCACUUCCAGACCGCCGGUUCUCGACGUCAUGGUGGACGAAAUCGCCCUCACCGCUACCGCUAAGGGCCGAGUCUUCGUCCACGGCGUCGGCCGCGAAGGCCUAAUGCUCAAAGCUCUCUGUAUGCGACUCGCUCACCUCGGUCUCUCCGCUCACUGCGUCGGCGACGUCAACGCUCCUCCCAUCUCCUCCUCCUCCGACCUCCUCCUCGCCUCCGCCGGCCCCGGAGGCUUCCCCACCGUUGACGCCAUAUGCGGCGUUGCCAGAUCCAGCGGCGCCCGCGUCCUCCUCCUCACCGCCCAGCCCGACUCCGGAUCCGCGGCCAAACUCGCCACCGCCAUCGGCUACAUUCCGGCGCAGACCAUGGCGGAUGACGGAGGCCCGGCGCCAACGGAGGAGUCUCGCACUUUGCUACCGAUGGGGAGCGUGUACGAAGGAGCGAUGUUUGUGCUGUUUGAGAUGGUGGUUUUCCGAUUGGGCGAGGUUUUGGGAGAGAGCCCCGCGGCCGUUCGAUCACGCCACACCAAUCUUGAAUGAGGUCCGUUUGGAUACGCGCCUUAGUAUGUACUUUAUGGGAAUAGUGAAAUAAUGAAAUUAAGUCACUAUAUUCAAAUAAAGUAAAGCUUGUGUGGAAUACGAAAAAUGGAUCAUUUUUCUGCCGCUAAUUAUAUUCUUUUGAAUUUAAUUUUAA